AAAACAAGCCAGAGGGUGGCUUCAGAAGGAAGAUGAUCCCCAUGUGUUCUGUCUCUGCAUCUGAGCUUUUGAAGAGAAGAUUCCAGCUCGAGGGAUUCUUAAAGCCUUAAGUUACUUGAAAUCUAUGUAUUUGCAGCCCUUUGUCUCUGGAAUCGCAUUACACUAAACUGGAAUCUCAGGCUGAAUAAGAAGAACCAAGUUGAGUGAAAAGAAGAACACUCAGUUUCUUUAUCACCACUUGUUAACGAUGCUCUUUCUCCAAAGGGUCAGCCCUCUCUUCCUCUGAGAACUUGAAAAUAAAAAUGGACCCCACGUUGUUUUUAAGUAUUACCUUUUCUUAGCAGACUGCCGUCAUCUUUUAUAGAGGAAUUUUUUCACUAUGCAUUUGGUGGAUCUUUAUAAAAUACUGACCUUCUAAUUAGAACCGGGUCAGUCUUAAAAGGGGGUCAGGGAAAACAGCGCAAGCCAACCACAAAAAUAACAUCGAUCUGUCAGUUAAAGCAAUUUUUCGGCAUUCAGCAUUACUUUUUAAGUAAAACGGUUCUUCAGAAAAAAGUAUGUAUGCAGCGGUGGAGCACGGGCCUGUCCUGUGCAGCGACUCCAACAUCCUCUGCCUGUCCUGGAAGGGCCGCGUCCCCAAGAGCGAGAAGGAGAAGCCCGUGUGCAGGAGGCGCUACUACGAGGAGGGCUGGCUGGCCACGGGCAACGGGCGCGGCGUUGUUGGCGUGACCUUCACCUCCAGCCACUGCCGCCGGGACAGGAACACUCCGCAGAGAAUCAACUUCAACCUUCGGGGCCACAAUAGCGAGGUCGUGUUGGUGAGGUGGAACGAGCCGUACCAGAAGCUGGCCACGUGCGAUGCGGACGGCGGGAUAUUCGUGUGGAUCCAGUACGAAGGGCGGUGGUCUGUGGAGCUGGUCAACGACCGCGGGGCCCAGGUGAGUGAUUUCACGUGGAGCCACGAUGGGACUCAAGCACUUAUUUCAUAUCGAGAUGGGUUUGUCCUGGUUGGUUCUGUCAGUGGACAAAGACACUGGUCAUCUGAGAUCAACUUGGAAAGUCAAAUCACAUGUGGCAUAUGGACGCCCGAUGACCAACAGGUGCUGUUUGGCACGGCUGACGGGCAGGUGAUCGUCAUGGACUGCCAUGGCAGGAUGCUGGCCCACGUCCUCCUGCACGAGUCAGACGGCAUCCUCAGCAUGUCUUGGAACUACCCCGCCUUCCUAGUGGAGGACAGCAGCGAGAGUGACACCGACUCCGAUGACUACUCCCCGCCCCAAGAUGGCCCAGCGGCGUAUCCCAUCCCAGUGCAGAACAUCAAGCCGCUGCUCACCGUCAGCUUCACCUCAGGAGACAUCAGCUUGAUGAACAACUAUGACGACUUGUCUCCUACUGCCAUCCAGUCGGGGCUGAAAGAGGUGGUGGCCCAGUGGUGCACGCAGGGAGACCUCCUGGCAGUCGCUGGUAUGGAACGCCCGACCCAGCUUGGUGACCUUCCCAAUGGCCCUCUUCUGAAGAGUGCCAUGGUCAAGUUCUACAAUGUUCGUGGGGAGCACAUCUUUACACUGGACACGCUUGUGCAACGCCCCAUCAUCUCCAUCUGCUGGGGACACCGGGACUCUCGGCUGCUGAUGGCGUCAGGACCGGCCCUGUACGUGGUACGUGUGGAGCACCGGGUGUCCAGCCUGCAGCUGCUGUGCCAGCAGGCCAUUGCCAGCGCCCUGCGAGAGGACAAGGACGUCAGCAAGCUGACCCUGCCCCCCCGCCUUUGCUCUUACCUCUCCACUGCCUUCAUCCCCACCAUCAAGCCCCCAAUUCCAGACCCCAGCAACAUGCGAGACUUCGUCAGCUACCCGUCGACCGGCAGCGAGCGUCUGCACUGCACCAUGAAGCGCACAGAGGACGACCCCGAGGUGGGCGGCCCCUGCUACACGCUCUACCUGGAGCACCUGGGCGGGCUCGUGCCCAUCCUCAAGGGGCGGCGCAUCAGCAAGUUGCGGCCCGAGUUCGUCAUCAUGGACCCACGGACAGAUGGCAGAUCAGAUGAAAUCUAUGGAAACAGCUUGAUUUCCACGAUGAUUGACAGCUGCAACUGCUCAGACUCCAGUGACAUUGAACUGAGUGAUGACUGGGCUGCCAAGAAGUCUCCCAAAAUCUCCCGAGCUAGCAAAUCACCUAAACUCCCAAGGAUCAACAUUGAGGCUCGCAAGUCCCCCAAGCUGUCGCGUGCUGCUCAGGAGAUAUCCCGGUCUCCUCGCCUGCCCAUGCGCAAGCCGUCCAUCGGCUCGCCCAGCCUGACGCGGAGGGAGUUUCCCUUUGAAGACAUCACUCAGCACAACUAUCUUGCUCAGGUCACGUCUAAUAUCUGGGGAACCAAAUUUAAGAUUGUGGGCUUGGCUGCUUUCCUGCCAACCAACCUCGGUGCAGUAAUCUAUAAAACCAGCCUCCUGCAUCUCCAGCCGCGGCAGAUGACCAUCUAUCUCCCGGAGGUUCGGAAGAUUUCCAUGGACUUUGUUAAUUUACCUGUCUUCAACCCAAAUGUUUUCAGUGAAGAUGAAGAUGAUUUACCAGUGACAGGAGCAUCUGGUGUGCCCGAGAACAACCCACCUUGCACCGUGAACAUCCCCAUCGCCCCCAUCCACAGCUCGGCUCAAGCGAUGUCCCCCACGCAGAGCAUCGGGCUGGUGCAGUCCCUGCUGGCCAACCAGAAUGUGCAGCUGGACGUCCUGACCAAUCAGACCACAGCCGUGGGCGCAGCCGAGCACGCAAGCGACAGCGCCGCCCAGUACCCCGUGCCCAGCCGCUACUCCAGCCCUGGCCAGGUGAUCUUCGGGGGCGUGGAGAUGAGCCGCGUCAUCCCCAACCCCCCUCAGCUGUCCCUGCCGCCGCCAGCACAGGGGGCCAUCCAGCUGUCCGUGCUGGACCACGGGGACCGAGACCACGAGCACCUGCAGAAGCCAGCCAAGGCCCUGCGGCCGGUGCCACAGUUGGCCACCGAGGGGGACGCGGUGGUGUUCAGCGCCCCCCAGGAGGUCCAGGUGGCCAAGAUGAACCCCCCACCCCCCUACCCGGGAACCAUCCCCGCGGCCCCUACCACCGCGGCGCCGCCGCCCCCGCCACCGCCCCCGCUGCCCCCGCUGGACACGUGCCUGAAGAAGGGCGACUUCUCGCCCUACCCCACGGCGGCGCACUACCAGCCGCCCCUGGGCUACGAGAGGAUCACCACCUUCGACAGCAGCGGCAACGUGGAGGAGGUGUGCCGGCCCCGGACGCGCAUGCUCUGCUCCCAGAACACCUAUGCACUCCCGGGCCCGGGCAGCUCGGCCACGCUGAGGCUCACCGCCACCGAGAAGAAGGUCUCGCAGCCCUGCACCAGCGCCACCCUGAACCGCCUGACGGUCCCGCGCUACUCCAUCCCCCCGGGGGACCCGCCCCCCUACCCCGACCUCGCCGGCCCGCUGGGCCCUCCCGGCCGCGGCGCGGGGCAGAGACCCGACGGCGGCCUCAUCCACGGCACGCUGCGCAGGAACAACCGCGAGGCGGCGCUCAAGGCGGCGCCGCUAGCCGAGCCCCUGCGGCCGCCGCCUCACCCGCCCAGGCCCAAGGGCGCGGCGCAGUUCCCGGCGCGGCCCCCGCCCGCCCUGUACACCUGCAGCCAGUGCAGCGGCGCGGGCGCGGUGGGGAGGCCGGAGCUGGGUGCGGGGGCGCAGCCGGGCGCCGGCCUGGCGCACGCGGCCAGCACCUCCCCGCUGACCUCCCAGUCGUCCUACAGCCUCCUGAGCGCGGGCGACGGCGCCCGCGAGCGCGCCGACUAUGUCAACUCGGCCUUCACCGAGGAUGAGGCGCUGGCCCAGCACUGUCAGGCCGAGAAGCCGCUGCGGCACACCCCGCUGAGCGAAGCCGCCGUGCCCGUGAAGCGGCCGCCCCCCUACCAGUGGGAGCCCGUGCUGGGGGAGGAUGUUUGGGUUCCUCAGGAAAGGACAGCGCAGACCGCGGUGCCCAACCCCCUGAAGCUGCCCCCUUUGAUGGUAGGUCAGAGCCAGCACCUGGAUGUGUCCCGAGUGCCCUUCGUCUCCCCCAAGCCUCCCGCCAGCCCUGCUGCUACUUUCCAGACAGGCUAUGGCAUGGGAGUGCCCUAUCCGGGGGGCUAUAACACCUCCCCUUUGGCGGGGGUGCAGGCUCCCUGCUCCCCGAAAGACGCUCUGGCCCCAGCACAGUUUGCACAACAGGAGUCCGCGGUGGUUCUUCAAACGGCCUACCCGCCCGGCCUCUCCUACUGCACCCUGCCCCCCAUGUAUCCGGGAAGCAGCGCCUGCUCGGGUUUACAGCUGCCACCCAUCGCCUUGCACCCCUGGAAUUCCUACAGCGCGUGCCCGCCCGUGCAGAACCCCCAGGGCGCUCUGCCCCCCAAGGCGCACUUGGUGGUGGAGAAGCCCCUCGUGUCCCCGCCGCCCACGGACCUCCAAAGCCACUUGGGUACAGAGGUGAUGGUAGAGACCGCAGACAACUUCCAGGAAGUGCUCUCCCUGACGGAGAGCCCAGUCCCCCAGCGAACGGAGAAGUUCGGCAAGAAGAACCGGAAGCGGCUGGACAGCCGGGCCGAGGAGGGGAAUGUACAGGCCAUCACUGAGGGCAAAGUGAAGAAGGAGGCUCGGACUUUGAGUGAUUUUAAUUCCCUGAUCUCCAGCCCCCGCCUGGGGAGAGAGAAGAAGAAAGUGAAGAGUCAGAAAGACCAGCUGAAGUCGAAGAAGUUGAAUAAGACAAAUGAGUUCCAGGACAGUUCGGAGAGCGAGCCGGAGCUGUUCAUCAGCGGGGACGAGCUGAUGAACCAGAGCCAGGGCAGCAAGAAGGGCUGGAAGAGCAAGAGGAGCCUGAGGGCGGCCAGCGAGCUGGAGGAGUUCAAGUGCAGGAAAGCCAGCGAGAAAGAGGACGGGCGGCUGGGCAGCCAGGGCUUCGUGUACGUCAUGGCCAACAAGCAGCCUCUCUGGAACGAGGCCACCCAGGUGUACCAGCUGGACUUCGGGGGGCGGGUGACCCAGGAGUCGGCAAAGAACUUCCAGAUCGAGCUGGAGGGGCGGCAGGUGAUGCAGUUUGGAAGGAUUGACGGCAACGCAUACAUCCUGGACUUCCAGUACCCCUUCUCCGCUGUGCAGGCCUUUGCAGUCGCCCUGGCCAACGUGACCCAGCGCCUCAAAUGAAGAGACUGGUGUGGGGAGGAGAAAGCGGUCUGAUCGCAGACGCUGGAGGAGCCUGCACGGCCUGGUGCCCGGGGGACCAGAAGACAAGGGCAAAACUGGAAACGUCUGUCAGGCCCAGGGGAGGGCACUGACCUUUCGUUGUUGUUUGUUUGGGUUUUUAUUAUCCUUUAUUGUGUUUUUUUCUUCUCUUAUUUUUUUAAACAAAAGUAAAAUACAGGAGAGCAGUGUUUGCAAGCAAAGGGUGCAAGGCACCUACCUGGUGGUGUUUAGGAGGUGUGGUCGCUGUGGGAAUGUCCUACUGGGUUUGCUUAUGUCGGCGACGGGACAAGGGGCCCUUCAGAAGGAAGGUUAGACUGCCUUCUCGCCUGCUGUUCUUCUAGACUAGGAGUGUGCAUUGUUUUCAUUCUCCACAACAUCUAGCUUUUAUUAUUCCUCCAACAUCACUACUAGUGUAAAUAUAAAAAACUUUUUAAGAAAAACACAACCAAAAAAUCCUGAAGGUGCAGGUUCUCUUAGGGGGGGACAACAUUUAAUUCACACAUAUUAUGUUAUUCUCCCAGAGGUGACUUGAUUAAUGAGGGGUAUUUUGGCAAAUGCACUGUGUUUGACUAAUAAAAGUAGGCUUUUUACGGGGGUGCUAUUACCAGGUAUAAAUACGAUUUGCUCAUGAGCUCGUAGGGAAAGGAUGACAGGCGAGGAAGGAUCUUCUGCAGGUGUUCAUGUGGGUGGCUCACGUCGUGUGACUUGAAGCAGUACAAGGGCCACGCUCCUCUUCAGAGGGGGUUUACACUGAAGCCUCCACUAGUUUCCUAAUGUGUCAGAAUUCCGUUGGUUCAGUGAUCAUUCAGUCUGAUUGACUUCAGGAGAAAGAUCCCCGAGUAGCGUGUGGGGCAGCAAUUUUCUGGGCUGCGAUGGUGGCUCGUUAGAGACCUGCUGCUGAGAAGUGGGCUUCACUCCCUCUCCCCUCUCAUUGAACCUGGGAACCGUGCCAGAGACGGUGUCUUCCCCAUUAGGUAGCACUGUUCUAUACUUGCUCUUUCUAAAAAUGCUGACAACACUGAUUUGAAAGCACUCCUUUCCUCUUUUGGGCUAUAUUAAAAUUAAGUUGGCUAGAGAUGUUUUCCAGAUUAGAAAUGUAGCAAAAGAAAUGUUAGGCAUUUGCCAGGGUAUGAAAAGAUAAGAGUUAUAAUCAAAUCUUUUGACAAGAGCCCCACAAGCUUUUCUAGAAAAAAAAAAAAAAGUUUAUUAACUGUACAGACUGUUUACUGAGGAGAUAAACCACUGGGAGAACGUGGUUAAAGUUACAGUACUUAAUGUAGUUGGUUGACUGUUCUUUGUUAAUUUCAACAACAACAACAACAAAUCCAGAGAUUAUCUUUUCCCACCUCCCCCUCCUCGGGGGGCAAUAUUCAGCCCUGAUAACAAGACCCAGUUCAUAGUUUUUAGUUACUGAUAUCUGUGAUGUUGUUUAGGGCAGGAACACAAGAACUGUCUACCAGUUUAGAGUCCUAAAUUUGGAUUUUGUUUGAAAACAAACAGGUGGAAGAUACUGCAGAAACGUAUUUUCCAAAAAAAAAAAAAAAAAAAUUUGUUUUUAAUCUUCUGUUUUAGUUUAAAAAUUAGAAAAGAAACAGGCCCAAUGCAAGAUGACAUCACUUACCGUUUUCUUCAGACCCGGAAGAAACACAGGUGAGGUUUCAAAUAUGGUGAAGGACAUCUCCCAGCUAAUACCAGAGCUUCCCAUUUUAUAUUUUAAAAUAUUGAACCGGAUUCUUUGGUGGGUAAAUUUUUCCAGAAAGAAUAUAGCAAUGUAUUCAGAAUUAUAUAAUUCUUUUAUAUGAGUUUCUGUAGCUUAACAUGAUGUUUCAAUGCUUAUUAUCAGCUGUGCAAUAAUGGUUAUAGCCUAUUUCUAAAUAAUUUAAAUGCAGUUCCCCUGUUUUAUUGUCCAAAA